AUGGAGGUGGCGGCCGGGUUUGUGUGCCCGUCCUGCUUCAAGGACUUGGGCAACUUGGAGAGCUUGGAAAAGCACUUUGCGGCUGGGUGCAAGGGCCCCAGCGCCGGCAAGACAGGUCCUGGAACCAAGGGUAACCGCCUGGCCAAGCUGCUGAAGCUCAAAUCUGCAGAUGAUGAAACGGCUCCUGGCGCGCUCGGCGCAGCAGCCGCCCCAAACCCGGCCGAUGACCCGGCAUACUUGACCCACGUCGAGUUUGAGCCACAGACAAUCGAUUUUGAACGGAACAUUAUUCCCUGGGUCGAUGGUAAAAUCAUCAAGGCCUGUCCCGAGUGCGGCAAAAAGUUUUCCUUGACCCGCCGCCAGCACCACUGCCGCCUCUGUGGCAGCGUCCUCUGCGAUGACUGCUCCCUGGCAUUGGAAGCCAACGUGGCGAUUGCCUUGACCGUGCCGCCCGAGCUGCCAGGGAAGAAGCAAAGGUUGAGCCACGAGCAAAAGCUGACCCUGCUACGCGAGAGCCUGGUGAUUCCUGGCGAAGUGAUCCGCAUUUGCCCCUUUUGCCACCAAUCUCUCCACACGUAUGCAAUUGCAACCGCUUCCGUUUUCCCCAUUUGCAACGCUGCAAACGUCAAAAGCAAGUGCAAGCAGCCCCAGUACCCCAUCACAGGAUCGUCAUCAAAGCCUAUCAGAGCGACGGCUGCUGUUGGAUCGUACGAGAGCGUGGCCGAAGAAUUCCAGGCCAUUUCUGCUGAUUUGCUAGUCAUCGAGAAGCAAUGCCGCGUGGUAGCCGGAGCCAUUAAAAAGGAAGACGCCGACAAGUUUCCAUCAAGUCUGCGGCUGCAUGCUGCCAUCACCCAGCAGUGGCGGACUUUUAUUCAAAUGACCAAGGGCACCCGCAUGACCCUGCCACCUUUGGCAGACGUCAAAAAAAUAGCACUGGAGCGUGAGAAAGCGCGGCAGGAAGCGGAGGAGCGUGAGCGGCAGCUUCGCUUGCAGCAGCAGCGAGAGCGAGAGCAAGCUGAAAAGGAGGCGGCUGCCAUUCGUGCUCGUCGCGCGGCCCGCAAAGAGAAGGAACCCCGUCGCAAUGCCCCCACACCCCCGACUGCAGCCGCCGUUCCUGUCAACGCAGACACCCUGAUGCUCAUCCGUGAGCAGCGCACGUAUAUCAUGCGAUGCAUCAAGGACGCACGGCGCCGCAACGCUCAGGACGAGGUCAACAUGCUCCAAGCGCAGCUUCAAGAGCUCGAGGUCAUCAUGGGUCAGAGUUGA